AUGCUCCAGCCUUCUUGUGGUAAUCACGCUGAUCAGUUUGGACGCACUGCCAUGAGAGUGGCAGCCAAAGGUGGUCACACAUCCAUAAUCAAACUCUUGGAAAAAUACGGCGCCACAAGUCUCAAUGGCUGCAACCCGUCUCCCGUGCACACCAUGGAGCAGCAAACGCCCGCUUCGCUUGCUGGGAAAGUACAGUCACUCACUAUAAAGUCCAGCAGCUCUGGAAGCACAGGAGCUGGCGAAGUGCAUUCAGCAGGACGAGGACAAUCCAACGGACCUGUUCAUGCUUUCAGCUCACCGUCAGAGUCUCCAGACUCAACAGUGGACCGGCAGAAGUCCUCCCUCUCCAAUAACUCACUCAAAAGUUCAAAGAACUCUUCGUUGAGGACCACCUCAUCCACUGCGACUGCCCAGACUGUCCCCAUUGACAGCGUCCAUGCCCUUUCUUUUAUUGAACAGAUCCAGCAGCAUUCACUGCCUCGCAGUCGCAGUCGUCAAUCAAUCGUUUCUCCCUCCUCCACCACCAGGUCCAUCGGCACUCAGCCUGGCUCUCCAACCAGCGAGUAUGAUUGGAGCCAGGUGAAGCCAGGCCUGAAGUCCACCAAAGCGUCCAAGAAUGGCCAAAACUGCUCAAACAAAGGAACAUCUGGUGAGAAGAAGAAGAGCAAGAAUGGCUCUUAUUCGCAGAACCAGGUUCUUGAGUACGAACUGACUCAGUUUGAUAAAAGGCUUGUGCUCAAUAAGCCAGUGUCCAACAUUGCAGUUAAAGAUCCUCAAUGUAAGAUCAUGGUAGGAAGAUCCAGCACUCUGGAUUCUGUCCAAUCGCAGGAGCAGUUUUACAUUCAGCCCCAGAGCUGUGCAGAGAAGAAGAGGAAUGGUAUUAUGACCAACCCCAACUACCACCUACAGGGAAACCAGGUUUUUCUUGGGAGAGUUUCAGUCCCCAGAACUGUUUCCAGCAGGGGCCACCAGGACCUUCUGGACAAUUACCCAAUAGGAGAGACGGAAUUAAGCCUGAAACAAGCCCUACAGCUCCAGAUUGAAGGAUCGGACUCUGGGUCAAACUGCAAAAAAGAGACGCCGUUAUAACUGAUGUCCUAAUUCAUCAUUCAGAAAAAGACUGUGCCAAAGUGAAUGCUUUCAUCCGCAAAAUAACUGAAACCAUUUUCCACACUGUGGAACGUCUCAAGAAGAAAGGAACGUGCGAGAAACCGAAGAGGGAUUAUUGCCCAACGGUGAUGCAAAUUCAUACUCGUGCCUGUCGAUGCUCCAGCCUUCUUGUGGUGACCAUGAUGCACACAGACGCUUUUAUUUAAUGCAUUAAUAUUUAAUAGGCAGUGGAUGCACUUUCUUCCCUUGUGUUCUUUUUUGAAAAA